UGUCAACAGAGGCGCUCUUGCGCAUGUCAGGUGUGACUUUAAAUGAAAGUAUCUUCUGCAUUGGGCACAGUUUGAUUUCAUCAGACAAGUUGUUGCUGUGUCGUGCUUCUCGUUCACUAUAAGUAAUGUCGGACUGCAUAAAAAACGUGGCGGUAUUUGGAGCCACGGGAAUGACGGGGCUCGCGACUCUGCCGCAGGCUGUCUCUGCAGGAUACAAUGUGACGGUGCUGACGCGAGACCCUUCCAGGUUGCCUGCCGACCACAAGGCGUCCCGGGUGGUGGUGGGAGAUGUGCUCAAUAAAGACGAUGUGAUGAAAACCCUGGAAGGCCAGGACGCUGUCAUCAUCAUCCUGGGCACCAGAAACAGCCUGAGCUCGACCACCAUGAUGUCUGAAGGCACCAAGAACAUAGUUGAAGCCAUGAAGGCUCGUGGGAUCUGCAAAGUUGUGGCCUGCAUGUCAGCCUUCCUGCUGUGGGACCGCUCCAAAGUCCCGCCCCGCAUGGUUCCUGUGACAGAGGACCAUGAAAGGAUGCACACAGUGCUGAAGUCAUCAGGGCUGGAGUAUGUGGCUGUCAUGCCUCCUCACAUUGCUGAUGAGCUUCCUCUGACGGAGAGUUACAUGACGCAGGAGAACAUGCUGAAGGGGAGAGUCAUCUCUAAACACGACCUGGGACAUUUUUUUGUCAAGUGUCUGUCCACUUCAGAGUGGGACGGGAAGGCUGUGGGAUUGUGGGGAGAGUAUAAAUAAUCCUGAACACACACACACACACACACACACACACACACACACACACACACACACACACACACACACACACACUGCUGAUUCCCUUGGACUGAGGGGUUUAUAUUUUGUCCUGAUUAAAACCAAAAAAAAAUUAAUGCAGCUAAUUAAAGGUCUUUGAGCACCUAAUAAAGCGCUUGAUAAAUAAAAUGUAUUAUAAUUAUUAUUAUUAUUAAUGUUUGUUUAGAAUUGAUGAACCACUAAUGCUUCGCUGUGAUCACUUUAAUGAUAAUAAUUGAGAAGCUUUUUCUUGCCGUGUUAUAUUUUUAUACUAAUUUAGGUUUUAACACAAGCUGCAAUAAGGAUACCUUUUUAAAACAAGUGCCAAACCUGCUUUAGCUGUUUAUACUGCUUUACAUCACUUUUUUUUCUUUCACAAUAACAAUCUUUAUGUGUUUAGUGUUUUUGUUUUUUUAAAUGUUAUCGUGUGUCACUGCUCUCAUUUAUAUUGGGUGUAUUUCUAUAUCUGUGGAAAAUAAAAUUGUAGUAACAUUG